UAUGAUGGCUCCUCCAGUUCAACAGCAACAGAAAGAGUUGAUGCCAUCUCAGAAGCGUGUGGAUGAGUUGUCCUGUCCUCCGCCAAUGCUACCAGCAACUGGUUUCGUCCAAAAGUGUCAGGGCAUAUGCUCCAUUUAUACACUUAAAGUGGAGCCUGGUCGAAGAGCUUUUCGCUAUGAUGUUGACAUAAGUCGACUUCCUAUGCCUAAACGUAAUGGAGCUAUGGAUGAGGGCAAAAGUCUUGUAAGAGGAGCUGAUGAUGGACAGCGUGCUCUAAAUCGCAAUCUGUGCUUCGAACUAAUUACAUUGGCAUUUACAACUAACAAUCGAUUUGGAAUGCCUGUUGGUCAUGAGAUUGUUUAUGAUUGCAAAGCUGUUAUGUUCACUUCCAUGCCUAUACAACCAUUUGAUGUACAGGGAGGUCAUCAAUUUAUUCUAGAAAAUCACCAGGUUAAUGAUUAUGUUCGUGCUUAUUGUGGUGAUGGACAAAAUGUUCGUUUUCUUGUUCAUAUUAAAAGAAAUUCGUCUGUGCCGGAAUUGGAUUUGAACGAUUUUACUCAAUAUAUGAAUGGAACAAGCGUAUUCAAUGAAGAUCAUUCCCUUAGAACAUUCUUUGAAAUUGCUAUAUCGCAAUUUGCAUUAAACAACGAAUUAUUUGUAUCAAUUGGAGCUGGAAAACUUUUCGAGUACUUUGAUCCAAGUCAAAAUCCUAAGCGUGUUGGUAAUGGAAUGUAUUUGCGUAAAGGACUUUCAAAGGGUGUUAAAGUUAUUAAGAACGAUAACCCAUUUACUAAUGGGAAAAAUGGAGGAAAUAAUUAUAAAGGACCGAGAGCUGCUGUUGUCUUGGAUGCAAAAGUUGCUUUGUUUUUUGAACCACAAGCUUUGCAUUUAACUGUUUUGGACAUGCUACCAAGAUCAAAUGGCCGUCAAACACGUCUUUCAGAUCAUCCACCAAAAGUUUGGCAAGAAGUUGAACGUUUAUUGGAAGAUUUGCGUGUUGAAGUUGUUUAUAGACGUACAAGAACUUUUCAAUUGGGCAAAUUUACUGAAAAACCUUUGAGAGAUUUAUAUAUUGAUGUUGACUUGCCAAAUGGUGCAGGAACAAAAAGGAUGUCUUUGGCAGAAUAUUUUCUUUGGAAAUAUAGUAUUAAGCUCGAGUAUCUCGACUUGCCUUGUAUUAAAUCGAAUUCUUAUUUACCGCCAGGAAAGAAACCUGAAGUUUUUCCUUUGGAAGUGUUAAAUGUUAUGGAAGAUCAACGCGUUCCUCUUCAAAAAACUUCAUCUGAAUUGAUGGGACAGUUACUUGCUGCUAAUUCUAUGCUUCCUGGUCAACGCAUGGACGCUAUUAAUAAAUUAGGAAUGGAUCUCGGCUUAUUUCACAACACAAAUCCUGUAUUAAAUGCUUUUGGUAUUUCAAUUGACCAAAAAUCGAAUCGGAUUGUUAUUGGUGUUCGUUCUUUGCCCCGUUUACGUUUCAAAAAUCGUGUUGUUGAACCCGACAGUCAAAAAGCUGAAUGGCGUAGAGAUGGAAGCCGUCUUCCAUAUUUACAGGCUAUGGGGCAAUUACACAAUUGGAUUAUUUUGUGUUCCAAUCGAGACGGAGAACUUGCUGAUCGUUUUGCUAGAAUGUUGUUAGAUAUGGGGAGACAAAAGGGAAUGCAAUUGGCAGAACCUGAAAUUGUUCCUUUUAGUUGUUCGGAGAAUAAUGAUCGUGACUGGUCGAGUAAAUUUGAAAAAUGUGCUAGUAAUCGGAUUCAGUUUAUUAUGUUGAUAGAUAUGAAACGCAAUGACACUCAUGGAUUGUUGAAAUUAUAUGAGGCGAUGUAUAAACCAAUUGUUACACAACAUGUUACACUUGAAAAAGCUAGGGAUAUUGUCAAUAAAAAUCAACGUCAAACACUCGAAAAUGUUUUAAAUAAAAUGAAUAUGAAGAAUUCUGGCUUAAAUUAUCAGCCACAAAUUGAGGAUAUUGGGAAACGUUUUGCUCUUGAAACUGGAAAAGUUUUGGUGAUUUGCGCAAAUAUGGCAGAUAAUCCUCACGCUUUUGUUGGCGAUUAUUUCUAUCAGGAAUCGCGUCGUGAGGCAUUAGACAUGCGUCAAUUAGCUGAUCGAGUUUCUUGGAUUUUACGUAAUUUAGAACAACGACGAUCUGAACAUCGUCGUCCACCUUUUAUUUUUAUUAUACGUGAUGGGCUUUCUGAAGGGCAGUUUGCUAUGGCUUGUAAGGAAGAAUUAGAAGCUAUUCGUAUUGGAUGUAAAGAAUAUGAUCCUUCUUAUCGCCCACGUUUCUUACUUAUUGUCGGAACGAAGGUUGAUUUUUUAAUUUCGAAAUUUAAAAAAAAUUUCUGCCUAUAG